CAGUCUUCCUUACUGAUACUAAUCCCCUCUCCCCGUCCUCUCUUGACGCUGUGGAAUGCCUCUGGUUCAAUGCCAAACCAAUCGUUUCCUCCUGAGUUCGAGCAAAGGCGAGCUCUGUCUGAGUCUACACCAGUUCUCGGCCAUUCUGUGGGCUCCGUACACGCAGUGGGCUCCAUCCUGCACUCUCUCUGGAAGUCCCUUUAACUCCCAAGCUCUUCAGAGUUCGAGAGCUCUCCCCGGGGGCUCCCUCUGUGAAUUUGGGUCUUGUAUUUUCAAUCAUCCGGAGACCCGGGAGCUACAAUCAGGAAUACCAAGUGUUUGGUUUCCCUGUGUCUCAGGAUCUCAGUACUCAGUGCUGAAGGAAGAUGAAGAUUGCUGUGAUUGGACAGAGUCUGUUUGGCCAAGAGGUGUACAAGGAACUCAAAAAGGCAGGCCACCAGAUUGUUGGAAUAUUCACAAUCCCCGAUAAAGAUGGCAAGGAGGAUCCUCUUGCUGCAGAGGGGGUGAAGGAUGGUACACCCGUGUUCAAGUACACACGCUGGCGGGUGAAAGGGAAGGCGAUUCCAGAGGUGGUGAGCGAGUAUUCGAGUCUCGGAGCAGAGCUGAAUGUGUUGCCUUUCUGCUCCCAGUUCAUUCCAAUGGAAAUAAUUGACUUCCCCAAACAUGGCUCCAUCAUCUACCAUCCAUCCCUCCUGCCCAGGCACAGGGGAGCCUCCGCUAUCAACUGGUUUCCCCGAGUGAUUGAAAUGAGCCAGAAGCUGACGCUUUUCGGCUCAACGUUGAUCAGUAACGCCUCGCCCCAGGGUCAGACCCUGGACAUUCCGGGAGCUCAUGCCCCUGCCAUUGUCAGCAGGAAUGGUCUGUUCCUCUUUGGGAAUGAUGGGAAAAUGCUUUUGGUGAAGAGUUUGCAGUUUGAAGAUGGUAAAAUGAUCCCAGCCUCCAAAUACUUUUCCUCUUCAGAAAGUUCCUCCUUACAGCUAACUGAAGAGGAGGAGAAAAUCAAAGAGCAACUCCGAGUAAGUGCUGAAGACAUGUUAUGUUCAAUCGGAUACUGUCCAAUGGGGAAUUCAGGGGAAACGUUUCACCUGAGGAGUGGGGACAGAACAGAUGUUAGAAUCCUCUUUGUUCUUGCUGUCUGCAGAUUGGUGGAGGAGAUCAAAUUAAAGUGUCAGGGUCUUCAGCUGCAGAAUGAAGAUGUGUACAUGGCGACUACAUUCGGGGACCUGACACAAACACUUGUGAAGAAACUUCGUGGUGAAGAUGAUGAGGAAGAGCUGCCAAUAGAUUACGUCGAGUUGAACAUCGAUAACCUGACUCUGCGAAUGCCCCAUCAACUCUUUAUCGAUGGGCAGUUUGUCGAUGCCGAAGGAGGGAAGUGUUACAAUUCGAUUAACCCAACCGAUGGCUCUGUUAUCUGCAGAGUGUCGCUCGCUCAGGUAGCUGAUGUUGACAAAGCUGUGGCAGCAGCGAAAGAGGCUUUUGAGACUGGGGAAUGGGGGAGAAUGAAUCCCAGAGACCGGGGUCGACUCAUCUACAAACUUGCUGACUUAAUGGAGCAACACCAGGAGGAAUUGGCAACAAUUGAAGCUAUUGACUCAGGUGCUGUGUACACUCUGGCGCUAAAGACCCAUGUGGGAAUGUCCAUCCAAACAUUCCGCUACUUCGCUGGAUGGUGCGACAAGAUUCAGGGCUGCACCAUCCCCAUUAACCAAGCUCGGCCCAAUCACAACUUAACCUUCACGAAGAGGGAGCCAGUUGGUGUGUGUGGAAUUGUGAUCCCCUGGAAUUAUCCGCUGAUGAUGUUGGCCUGGAAGACUGCAGCCUGCCUAGCUGCUGGGAACACUGUGGUCCUCAAACCAGCUCAGGUGACUCCUUUGACAGCGUUGAAAUUCGCAGAGCUGACAGUGAAGGCUGGAUUCCCAAAGGGGGUCGUGAACAUUUUGCCAGGAGCAGGUUCAUUGAUUGGACAAAGAAUAGCUGACCAUCCUGAUGUUCGAAAGCUUGGCUUUACCGGAUCCACCGCAGUCGGGAAACAAAUUAUGAAAAGCUGUGCCCUGGUUAAUGUGAAGAAAGUAUCUCUGGAACUGGGGGGAAAGUCUCCUCUCAUCAUCUUCAGUGACUGUGACUUAGUCAAAGCUGUACGUGCGGGAAUGGGGGCUGUGUUUUUCAACAAGGGAGAGAAUUGUAUCGCUGCUGGCCGGCUUUUCAUUGAAGAAUCUAUUCAUGAUCAGUUUCUGCAAAAAGUGGUUGAAGAAGUAAAGAAAAUGAAGAUUGGCAAUCCUCUGGACAGGUCAACAGACCAUGGACCUCAGAACCAUAAGGCCCACUUGGACAAGCUGAUUGAGUAUUGUGCUACAGGGGUGAAGGAAGGGGCCACACUCGCAUAUGGAGGGAAGCAAGUCCCACGGCCAGGAUUUUUCUUUGAACCGACAGUGUUUACUGAUGUACAGGACAGUAUGUUCAUUGCGAAGGAGGAAUCCUUUGGGCCGAUCAUGAUUAUCUCCAAAUUUCAAAAUGGGACAAGAAGCUCUGAACGAGUAUCUGAGGACCAAAACAGUCACCAUUGAAUAUUAGCAACGGACUGAGAGCAGGAAAAGAAGUGAGAUUGUUUGUUCCAGCGAUUCUCAUCACUGACCAUGUCACUUUCUGAAAAAGGAAUGAAUAAACAGAUAACCAUUUCCUAAUAAUCAAUAAUGAUGCAAUUCUAGCAACACCUCUGACCCCAUUCUCAGUAUUUGGCCAAUUGGUGGAAAACUGUAAUUAACUGGAUUGCUCUUUGAAAGGGCCGGAGCAGAUUCGGGUGACUAAAUGGUCACUUUCUGUCCUGUGCCAUUCUAUGAAUCACUGAUAACCAGUGUUAUUGCCAUCAUUGAUCUAGAGUCUGCAUACAAAAUCUUUGGCCUUAACUCCUCCAUACUUUUACAAUCAGCAGAAGUCAAUCAUCAAUUAAAUAUUGGACGAGGGAGGAAGCCAUAGGGGCACACUCUAAAGAUGGACAAUAAACACUGACCCAGCCAGUGACCCUCACAACCAACUGACAGAUUUUUUAAAAAUGUCCUUGAGCUUGCCCUGUGACCCUCCCAGCCUGGUUAUACUCCCUUCCACCCUCUUCCAUCAGGCAGAAGAUACAAAAGUUUGAAAAUACACACCAACAGAUUUAAGAACAGCUUCUUCCCCGAGUUAUCAGAUUAAUGAAUGGACCUCUCAAGUAUUAGAGUUGAUUUUUCUCUGUGUAGCUGUAACAUCAUAUUCUGCAUUCUGUUCUAUUAACCUGAUGGAAGGUAUAAUUUGUCUGGAUAUCAUGUAAAAUGAUACUUUCCACUGUGUCUCGGUACAUGUGACAAUAAUAAAUCUAAUCAAAAUCAAAAUCAAAUCAGAUCACCUCAACUUCACCACCAGUUUCGCUCCAAAUCCCUUGCUGCCCUUUUCCAACAAGAAUCCUGAAAUCUCCAACUGAUGUCCACAAAUCUUUGGGAAUUCCAGUUUUCAACUCCCCGUUGUGUGGAGAAUUGCUUUCUGACCACAGCCCUGCUCAGCCUGGUUUUAAAUUUGAGGGAAUAUAAUUUUGUUCUGGUCCCCUGACUCCCUGUACCAAACCCACCACAGAUUCUCUCUGUCGACGCUAUCAACUGUUUGAUUCAUUUAAACAUCUCAGUAACACCAUCCUCUCUGUCCAAUCCUUGCUGCAAACUCUCCAUCUCCUCUUUCCCCCUCCCCCCCCCCACCCCCCCCAAACCUAUCUCUUCUGCUCUCUAUCCCCAUAUUCUACACUUCUGCCCUUUCUCUCACCCCCACCCCAGUCUCUCUCCCUGGCUUGUUCUCUCUCUCUAUCAAACAGGAAUCAGUGACCUGCUCCAUUACUAUACUCUAGUUCCAUUUUCUUUCCAGCCGAGUGACCACAGCUAAUGACUGUACCCCUAGCCAGACAGCACAUUUGAACUUUGGAUUUUUCUCCUCAAUAUGAAUUUUACAAUCAAACUGUACAGAGCUCCGUUUGGGUCAACGAAUCUGUGCCGUGUGCUGUACUGAGUAACUCACUCAGGCUGCAAUUAUGAGAUUUCAUUUCAACCCUUGGAUCUUACCCAAUGUGGAUCCCAGGAAUGUACCAGUCAGGAUCCAGUCAUGUUCACUAAACAAGGAGUAAUCCACUGGAGAAAUGACAGUGAUUGGAUAUUCAGGCAAUCUCUUGCUAUACCUGGAUUCAACUGGCCAUUUGUACCCCUCAGAGGAUUCCCGGAGAUCCCUGGUGAUUCACAAAGCAGUUUCCCUCCCCCCACCCCGACCAUGUUUCCUUUUGCACUUUGCAGUCACUGUCAAUGAUUUGUACGUGAUGUUUAAUAGUUUGGUAAUAAAUGCUGUUGAAUUAGA